AUGCGUGUGCUGGUGUGUAAGAAUGACGGAUCUUUCGAGUUCGAGCCGGCGGAGUUGCAUCGAUUAGAGCGAUGGAGUGACGUCAAGAUGGGGCUAGCUCACGCACUUUAUAGUGAGGAAGAGUUGUUCGCGGUGGGGUCAGCUGACGAUAUCGCUCUCUACACGUUUCCGAACGGUAUUCCGGCUGAAGAAUGUGAAGACAAAGUGAAAAGACUCGUCCAACUUGACACGCGCUGGGUACUCGAUAUCUUCGGUAGCCCAUUCCGUCAACGCAGCGAGCUCCGUAUCCAGACGGAUCAUGAGAUUCGUGACGUUUGUCAAGGCACUUCGACUCCAUUCCAACCCCUGGAGGUCCGUCGAGUGAGUGCAAUGCACCAUAAACUGCCCAUUUCUCCAUUGGGAAAUGCAGCUUACGGAAGCUUCCACGAAGCCAAUGUCGAAGGAUACCAGGAGCCAUAUAUUCAUAUUGGCACUUGGGUGCCUUAUGAAGAUGUUCUGGUUACGACCAACCGAGCACGGGGGUAUAUCAACAAUUUCAGACGUGCAGGGCGCCCUGUGACUAUUAUCAGUAUUCAAACAUGCACGUUGCCACUCGCUGCUGCUUGUCCCAGUGCCAUCUCGCAACAAGGUCCUCGGAUUCUGUACGACGGGGUGUAUCAUUUGAGCUCCGACGAGGUGCAACAAGGAUUCGUUCAGGCUGUGCGACUUUGGUUCAGCUUUGAUUGCGAACAGACGAUCAGUGUGACGAAGGUGAACGGCGCAAUGGGACUCAAGCCUCUGCGUCAACAAGACGGAUGGAUCGUAGUGCAAGCGCUACCUGGGUCGCCCUGCUUUGAAGCUGGUAUGCGUCGAGACGAAGUGUUUCUAACUCAUGUCAAUGGAGUGGACGUCUCUCCUCACUCGUUCCCUUCUACCGGCCAAGUGACUUGGCAAGACAGCGUCGUGCCGCUUGUAGACAAGUGCGAGACGUGUAUUUUCACGUUCUUCUAG